GAGAGCCCAGCCACAAGGAGGCCAAAGCCACUCUGCCGUGCCUGUCUGCCGCUGGUCCCAGGCCUCCUGAGGUUGUGGUCAAAAGUCCCGCCUGAGCACCUCCACAUUUGAAUGGCCCCAAGCAAGGGAGUACCAGGCCGGCCACUCUAGGUGAUAGAAUGACAAGACCGUGCCCUGCCCUCAGGUGCCCACCUGCCUGCACUCUUUGCUAGUCUCACCAGGCACCGUCGACCUGUCUCCGCCUGUCUCCACCCCUGCAGCCAGUCCUCCAGCCGACCUCUCACCAUGGCAGCCCUGAUCGCCGAGAACUUCCGCUUUCUAUCGCUUUUCUUCAAGAGCAAGGACGUGAUGAUUUUCAAUGGGCUGGUGGCACUGGGCACGGUGGGCAGCCAGGAGCUGUUCUCUGUGGUGGCUUUCCACUGCCCUUGUUCACCUGCCAGGAACUACCUGUACGGGCUGACGGCCAUCGGUGUGCCCGCCCUAGCACUCUUCAUCAUCGGCGUCAUCCUCAACAACCACACCUGGAACCUCGUUACCGAGUGCCAGUACCGGAGAACCAAGAACUGCUCGGCUGCCCCCACCUUCCUCCUCCUGAGCUCCAUCCUGGGCCGCGCGGCUGUGGCCCCCAUCACCUGGUCUGUCAUCUCCCUGCUGCGCGGUGAGGCCUAUGUCUGUGCUCUCAGCGAGUUUGUGGACCCCUCCUCGCUCACAGCCGGGGGAGAGGGCUUCCCGCGAGACCAUGCCACAGAAAUCCUGGCCAGGUUCCCUUGCGGGGAGGGCCCCGCCAACCUGUCAGGCUUCCGGGAGGAGGUCAGUCGCAGGCUCAAGUAUGAGUCCCAGCUCUUUGGGUGGCUGCUCAUAGGUGUGGUGGCCGUCCUGGUGUUCCUGACCAAGUGCCUCAAGCAUUACUGCUCACCACUCAGCUACCGCCAGGAGGCCUACUGGACGCAGUACCGCAACAACGAGGAGCAGCUCUUCCAGCGCACCGCCGAGGUGCACUCCAGGGUGCUGGCCGCCAACAACGUGCGCCGCUUCUUCGGCUUCGUGGCCCUCGACAAGGACGAUGAGGAGCUGGUAGCCAAGUUCCCCGUGGGAGGCACACAGCCGCGGCCGCAGUGGAACGCCAUCACUGGCGUCUAUCUGUACCGUGAGAACCAGGGCCUCCCCCUCUACAGCCGCCUGCACAAGUGGGCCCAGGGGCUGCCAGGCAACGGCACAGCCCCGGACAACAUGGAGAUGGCCCUGCUUGUCUCCUAAGGUUCCUGUUCCCACACUCUUUGCAAAUGACAAUCCUUGGUCCAACACUGAACCCCACUGUCUGCUCACAUCAGCAUCAGGUUUGUUUUUUCUUUUAACCAUAGCUUUUUGGGAAAACAGACCAAGAGAAAGAAACAAAAGUAAUCUGGGUACAGAGGAGAGAGCUAAUGCACAAUGUGGUCAGCGUGACAGGAAGGCUCUCUGACCUGAAGAAAUCCCCUCUCGUACUGCCAUCAGCCACCUGGUCAACAGCUUGGGAGGGAAGACUCGUACUCAGAACUGGUCCUUAAUCAGCUAUGCUGUGGAGGACCUUUUACUGGUGGGCUCCAAGGCUGAGAAGCCCUGGCCAGCACAGCGAGGGGACAGUGAAACCUGCCAGCAGGCUCACUGUAUAGGAUAUUGUGCAGUUAAUUUGUGUCUAACUGCUUAUGGACAACCCGCUCAGCGGUGCUCAGCUGGGAAGCUGCCCUUCGAUGCAUGCCACUGGCUUUGUUUUAUAUAUUUACAUUUUUGAUAAAGCUUUUCUAAGUAUAAAGGACUAGCUUGCUGUCUAUGUGAUUGGAUGGGACAUGCCACAGCAGAUCGGUGAUCAUGGGGACAGGCCUAAAUCCCAUCUCCUAUGAGAGGGAAGGGGACAGGGAGACCCUGGGCAGGGCUCAAAUAGACAGGAGGGAGGGCAGGUGCUCCCACAGGAGGGAAAGCUCUGGGGCUGAUGACCCCUUAGCAGCUGGAUUCAGGUAUCUCACUUGAUCUGGAGGAACAGAGGGAGCUUGGUCUCCCCCGGAGGGAAGCUCAGCUUAAAUUUCUUGGGUCAGAAGAUCCUGCACUCAGUAGGGAAGACCAGCUCUCACAGCCCAGCCCUGGCUCCUCCUCCCUCCCACGCUCACCUUGCCCGAUUGCCUCCACCACCUCGGAAACCUUUGAUGCCCUCCCUGGUCCUGGCCCUGCUUCCUGGCACAUGACUCAGUCAUUGCCCAUGGAAAAGCUCCCUAGCUCUCGGGACAUUUAAAACUCUGCCAAAGAAAACGAUUCACUCUCUCAAGACCAAGCCAAAAAAGAACUGGCUUUAACAACUAGCUGGGUCUGUGCUGGCCUCCAAGAUCUCUGGACCGUACGAGAUCAUUACUUAUCAAACGAUGCAGAGAGACUGUCUUUCUGGGAAUUUUAUGAGGGAGGCCUGGGCCCAUCACAUCGCCUCUCCCUCAGGACUCAAGGAAUAACCAUCAAGUCAGUCAAUGCCCUGCGCCCAGCAAUCAUUCUCCCAGAGGAGCUAGAAGGGGGCUCUCCCCAGAGCCACACAGCACGCCAGUAUAGGUCCUCACCGAGACUCCUGCCUGCCAGGCAGCAUACGACAUACAUGCUCUCACUUCAUCCACAAAACCCUGCAAGGUAGGACUUUUUAGCCCCAUUUUACAAUGAGACCCCCAUUUGGAGAGGCUGGGUCACCGGGCCCUGGUGGGCUGAGAGGUGACAUUACCAGGUGGCUUUCCUCUCAGGUGCCUCAAUUUUCCUUCCUGGGCUCUAUCUUUGUCCUUCCAUCCCAACCCACAGCCUCCACAAAAGGGUACAAGGCUGAGCUGAGGCUAACAGAAUGCCCAGAGACUCCAGGACCUAAAGGAGGGGCCUACUUCCUGGACCCUGCUGACCCCUCUGGCUAUACAAAGAGCCUGCCAGGGCCAAAGAUGGUCAGGAGUCAGCCGUCCACUCCUGCUCUUGGGAACUCC